CGCCGAGCUGAGACUGCAAGUGGCACAGUCUUGGAGUGACCGCCGCGGUCGUCGUACAGUUAGUCGGUACCACUCGAUGCCGUUAAUUGACGUACCAUUGGUACUUGUGCUGCGCCGGUGAAACAAGUGAUUAGUUUUGGGUGCUUAAAAGCGGUAAACAGAUGGUUGAAACCGGUAUUUAAUUGGCCAAAAACACGAGGUACUUGGAUGCUAUCAAUUAACACAAGUGCGAUCUGAGAGUGGAGCUUUUUGGACUUCUCAGACGCUGUUUAAUGGGUUGUUUAUCUUUGGAACCGCAGCAUCGCAAAUAAUUAGCCUAAAGGUCUCUUACAAUGGAACAGCUCGUGGCACCGCCGCUACCUCCGAAGACUCGGUCCCCUCCAGCCUCCACACCGGUACAACACUCGCUGCAAAGCUCUCAUUCUCCCAGUCACGUCGUCAAGAUCCGCAUCAACCCCGCCGAAGAGGUGUCAUGCCCGCCGUGCAUCCGCAUCAGCGUCAACUCCUCGGAGAUGAUGUCCAGGCCGUACUUUUUCUACAACGUCAUGUCCAGUGGCCAGACGUCGCCGAGUGACACUCUGGACUCGGGCACGUGCAGUGAUUUGGACGGCACGCCGCCCCCCAAGAAGAACACUUCGGUGACGCUCAUCCAGCACCAGAGAACGGCAUCACUGACAGACAGCGACAACGACUCGUGCGACUCGGGGAAGGCCUCUCCGAAGCCGAUGCCUCAGACGCUCCUUCAGGACAUCCGCAAAAGUGUCGUUGUCAAGAGCUACGAGGAGCGCAAGGAGGAGCAGAAGGAAGUGAAGCCAAUUCUGGAGACCGAUAUGUUCUACAAGUUUCAUCUAAACGAGCAUGUGAGUGAGGACAAUGAUGUGCCGAAAGUCGUCGAGGACGAGACUUUUGCCGGGUAUAAGGACCUUCUCGGAGACGGUGCCGCGACCAUUAGGAGCGCUAAAGGGACGGUGAGGGGGGUCAAAAACCGGGUCAGAGCGGGAAUUGCCACUUUCCUUCAAAUUAAUUCCGUUGCGAAGAAUUACAAAGAGAAGGACGCCGGUAAAGUGGUGGUCUACACGACGACGAUGGGAAUCUUGAGAGAGACGUACCAGGCGUGCAUGAAAGUCAAGCAAAUCCUCCGCACCCUCCUUAUCAAGUUCGAAGAACGAGACGUCUUUAUGAGCACCGAAUACCAGAACGAGAUAAGGGAACGCAUGCGUUGCGACCAAAUACUCGUGCCACAGGUGUUCGUCGACGGGCAACACGUUGGGGACGCCGAGACAAUAGAGAGAUUAAACGAAUCCGGGGAGCUGAGGAGAAUAUUAAAACCUUUCAAGAGUAUGGACGCAUGUACGACCUGCAAAGUUUGCGGUGGAUACAGACUCCUACCUUGCCAGGUUUGCAACGGUAGUAAGAAAUCAGUCCAUCGAAAUCACUUUACGACCGAAUUUGUGGCUCUCAAGUGUAUGAACUGUGAUGAAGUCGGUUUAGUCAAGUGCAAUGCAUGCUAAUUGGGGACCCUCGGAGAUUCCGGGCGACCGGAAGAAAACACCAUUGCCAUAGAUUGAGCGUCCGACGUGGUGACAACAGUGCAAUUCUUGAUAAUUUUAAGGCUUAUACCGAUACGACUUAUUUUAACUAGACUAGGACAAUUAACAUAUUACUUACUCAUUUGUAUAAAUGUUACUUGUGUUGAAUAAAACGCAAAAGAUAUUCUUUGUUUUCUUAUUUUCUAAUGUUGUUGUUUGUCUUUGUCUUUAAAGAAAAAAUUGCAUUUUGUUACCUAAAAUUUCGUUUAUUAUUAUACUCGUAGCUUUCCUUUAUAACGAAAAAUCAAGUUAAUUUGUCUAAUUUCUGUUAAAUACACGUUUCAGUUGUU